AUGCACGGGAAAACGGAGGUAUUGACUUCCUUGGAAGACUGCCGCGAAACGGUGACGAAAGUUGGGCUACUGCCUGGUGACGUCGAGAGUCGCUGGUGCACAUAUGCGGUGUUGACAGAGCGUCUGGGUUUGUUGCAAUUGCGUGGGAGAGCCCCAGGCACUCGGCUGGGCGAGCUCAGGGAGGAAUGUGGGGCGAUGGGCCACGGCGAGCCAGAAGGAAACUGGGAGAGCAAAGGCGUGUUAAGCUCAAGGCAUAGGGAACGACGCGAAAGCUCAGAAGGUGACCUCCCUUGGGAAACAUCCGUUCUCAUCCUACCCUUUGUAUGCGGCUUCCAGCGUGAAAAGCAAGCCGUCGCUCUCGCCAGUCAAUGGCAGCAGUCCACAACAGUUUGUCCGCUUCUAGGGAGGUGGCUCUAG